AAACCUCCAUGAUAACGCUUAUGAUGUGUACAUUAAAAAACAAACCCCCAGAGCUUUAAUAACUAUAAAUAUAGACCGUGACUUGAUACCUGACAUGACUGACUACAGCCUGCUCUAAACUCCCGCUGUAAGGAAGGAAUACCUAUUUGCCAGUCUCCUAUCAUUCUGCAAAAACACCAAAAGAUCCCAGUAUAAUAAAAUCGUAAAAUAUUAAACAAGAGAAUUCAGUCCCUGAGUUCAGAAUCUUCAGCGGUCAGACGAUUACAGUACUUCUGAUACUCGCCACACUCGCAGAGAAAAGAAAAAUACAAUUUACUUCCAAAUACACUGGGUCAUUCACACUAUCACUGCUGACAGUGCAGGAGGUCUUUCAGCAAUAGUGGAAAUGUAGUGAAACACCAGCGGAUUUACUGAAGAGAAGCCUUAUUACGGCAAAAUGAGUUUUACUAAAGAAAAUAAUCUACAAACACAGCCAGAAGAGAAGCCGUAUCGCUGUGCAGAGUGCGGAAAGAGUUUUAGUGUGAAAGGAAAUUUCAUUGAACACCAGCGGAUUCACACGGGUGAGAGGCCUUACCGCUGUACAGAGUGCGGAAAGAGUUUUUCUCAAAGUGGAAAUUUAGUAACACACCAGCGCACUCACACUGGAGAGAAGCCUUUUUACUGCUCACUAUGUGGAAAGCGUUUUACUAAAAGAGAAACUUUAGUGGCACACCAGCGGAUUCACACUGGAGAAAGGCCUUAUUCCUGCACCGAAUGUGGAAAGAGUUUUAAACAAGCGGAUACUCUCCAAAGUCAUCAGCGCGUUCAUUCAGGAGAGAAGCCGUAUCUCUGCUCGGACUGCGGGAAGAGUUUCAGUGUGAGAGAAAAUUUUGUUAAACACCAACGGAUUCACACGGGAGAGAAACCUUAUUACUGCACAGAGUGCGGAAAGAGUUUUUCUCAGAGUGGAAAUUUAGUGAAACACCAGCGGAUUCACACCGGAGAUAAGCCUUAUUACUGUGCGGAGUGCGGAAUGAGUUUUAUUCGAGGCGAUCAUCUCAAAGCACAUCAGCGUAUUCAUUCAGGAGAGAGGCCGUAUCACUGCUCAGAGUGCGGGAAGAGUUUUAAUGAGAGAGGAACUUUGGUGAGACACCAGCGGAUUCACACAGGAGAGAAGCCGCAUCACUGCACAAUGUGUGGAAUGAGUUUUAAACGACGGAGUCAACUCCAAACACACGAGCGCAUUCACACAGGAGAGAAGCCGUAUCACUGCUCAGAGUGCGAGAAGAGUUAUACAUCCAAAGAAUCUUUAAAAGUACACCAGCGAAUUCACACUGGAGAGAAGCCGUAUCACUGCACAGAAUGCGGGAAGAGUUUCACACAGAUGAUUCUUGUCCAAAGGCAUCAUUGCGUUCGUUCAUUAGAGAGGACAAAGAAAAAUACAAUUUACAUCACUUACAAAAGUAGUCUCCAAAUACACCAGGUCAUUCACAGUGCGGGAGGUCUUUCAGCAAUAGUGGAAAUGUACUUAAGAGAGAGAGAGAAGUCUUAUUACGGCAAAAUGAGUUUUACUAAGGAGAAUAAUCUACAAACGCGCUCAGAAGAGAAGCCGUAUCACUGUACAGAGUGCGGAAAGAAUUUUAGUGUUAAAGGAAAUUUUGUUAAACACCAGCGGAUUCACACAGGUGAGAGGCCUUACCGCUGUACAGAGUGCGGAAAGAGUUUUUCUCAAAGUGGAAAUUUAGUGACACACCAGCGCACUCACACUGGAGAGAAGCCUUUUUCCUGCUCACUAUGUGGAAAGCGUUUUACUGAAAGAGGAUCUUUAGUGACACACCAGAGGAUUCACACUGGAGAAAGGCCUUAUUCUUGCACCGAAUGCGGAAAGAGUUUUAAACAAGCGGAUACUCUUCAAAGACAUCAGCGAAUUCAUUCAGGAGAGAAGCCGUAUCGCUGCGAGUGCGGGAAGAGUUUCAGUGUGAGAGGAAAUUUUGUUAAACACCAGCGGAUUCACACGGGAGAGAAACCUUAUUACUGCACAGUGUGUGGAAAGAGUUUUUCUCAAGUUGGAGGGUUAUUGACACAUGAACGGAUUCACACUGGAGAUAAGCCUUAUUACUGCGCGGAGUGCGGAAUGAGUUUUACUCGAGAUGAUCAUCUCAAAACACAUCAGCGUGUUCAUUCAGGAGAGAGGCCGUAUCACUGCUUACAAUGUGGGAAGAGAUUUAAUGAGAGAGGAAGUUUGGUGAGACACCAGCGGAUUCACACUGGAGAGAAACCUUAUUACUGCGCAGAGUGCGGAAUGAGUUUUAAACAACGUAGUCAUCUCCAAAGACACGAGCGCACUCACACAGGAGAGAAGCCGUAUCACUGCUCGGAGUGCGGGAAGAGUUAUAAAAUCCGAGAAUCUUUAGUAAUACACCAGCGGAUUCACACUGGAGAGAAGCUGCAACACUGUUUACAGUGCGGGAAGAGUUUUCCCGACAGAAGUAGCUUAGUGAAACAUGAACGUGCUCACACAGGAGAGAAGCCGUAUCACUGCACAGAAUGCGGAAAGAGUUAUAAAACCAAAGAAUCUUUAGAAAUACACCAGCGGAUUCACACUGGAGAGAAGCCGUAUCACUGCUUACAGUGCGGCAAGAGUUUUACUGACAGAAGUAAUUUUGCGAAACACAAGCGCAUUCACACUGGAGAAAAGCCGUAUCACUGCACAGAAUGCGGGAAACGUUUUACACAACAGAAUCAUGUCACAGAACACCAGCGGAUUCACACGGGCGAGAGGCCUUACCGCUGUACAGAGUGCGGAAAGACUUUUUCUCAAAGUGGAAAUUUAGUGACACACCAGCGCACGCACACUGGAGAGAAGCCUUUUUCCUGCUCACUAUGUGGAAAGCGAUUUACUGAAAGAGGAUCUUUAGUGAAACAUCAGCGCACUCACACUGGAGAAAGGCCUUAUUCCUGCACCGAAUGUGGAAAGAGUUUUAAACAAGUAAAUACACUCCAAAGACAUCAGCGAAUUCAUUCAGGAGAGAAGCCGUAUCUCUGCUCGGACUGCGGGAAGAGUUUUAGUGGGAGAGGAAAUUUGGUUAAACACCAGCGGAUUCACACAGGAGAGAAACCUUAUUACUGCACAGUGUGUGGAAAAAGUUUUUCUCAAAUUGGAGGGUUAUUGACACACAAACGGAUUCACACCGGAGACAAGCCUUAUUACUGCGCGGAGUGCGGAAUGAGUUUUAAACAACAGAGUCAUCUCCAAAAACACAAGCGCUAUCACACAGGAGAGAAGCCUUAUUACUGCGUGGAGUGCGGAAUGAGUUUUACUCAAGAUGAUCAUCUCAAAGCACAUCAGCGUAUUCAUUCAGGAGAGAGGCCGUAUCACUGCUCACAAUGCGGGAAGAGCUUUAAUGAGAGAGGAAGUUUGGUGAGACACCAGCGGAUUCACACUGGAGAGAAACCUUAUUACUGUGCAGAGUGCGGAAUGAGUUUCAAACAAUGUAGUAAUCUCCAAAGACACGAGCGCACUCACACAGGAGAGAAGUCGUAUCACUGCUCAGAGUGCGGGAAGAGCUUUAAUGAGCGAGGACGUUUGCUGAGACACCAGCGGAUUCACACUGGAGAAAAGCUGCAGCACUGUUUACAGUGCGGGAAGAGUUUCCCUGACAGAAGUAGUUUGGUGAAACAUGAGCGUGCUCACACAGAAGAGAAGCCGUAUCACUGCACAGAAUGCGGAAAGAGUUAUAAAACCAAAGAAUCUUUAGGAAUACACCAGCGGAUUCACACUGGAGAGAAGGCAUAUCACUGCACAGAAUGCGGGAAGAGUUUUACUCGACGGAAUCAUGCCCAAAGCCAUCAUUGCGUUUGUUUAGUAGAGAAGGCGUAACAAUGCUCAACACGGUCAGGAAACAAACUAUCGCCGUCAUACAUACACGAGAAGCUGCACGCCUCUUAACUCUGUGGACUGAGCUUCAUUUAAACAUGUACAUUUAAGGCAUACAGAUGAACUGUCAAUAAUUUUUUUAUUAUUAUGGGUGUGAUGAUACUAGCAUCAUGAUUUAAUUUACACUGAUUCUCAGACUGUGUAGAACUAAAUUUAAACAAAAGGUCACAGUCUUAUUGUCUUACAAUUCUCCUCUCUGUUCAGUUUUUAACAAAUUAGUAUUGUUGAAUCAUCUCAAAAAUGUUUCUCAAAAUAGUCGUUUAAACUGAGAUACCAAUGUUUUGCAGAAUUAAAAAAUUAAAAUCAAACUUAAUAAAAAGAUAAAUGUAUAUUUUUAUAACUCAUUUAAUUAAUUUAUUUUUUAUAAAUGAAUAUACCAUGCUUUGUUGUAAAAAGGCUUAGGAGUUGUUCAUUGGGCAUGUAUAAAUACAGAACCCUUUGUGAACUUGGUUCCUAUAUUUUGUCAACUUGCUACACUGGUAAAGAAUGCGGGCAUGCGGACCAGAACCAAGCCCACAAAAAUCACCAGAAUGAGAUCUGGGGUAUCUCCUUGAAAGCAACUUGCAACUACGGCCAAACUCUGAUGCCUUCAGCAUUAAAAAGCCACACGGAUGUAAUAACCUGGUUAUUUAGUACGUUCAUCAGCUGACUUUAUUGCCCCUGAUCCAAAACCUGAGCAACAUUGAACUCUUUGACACUCUUUGUCACCAGUUUACU